AUGGCACCCAAUAUCCAGAAUGACGAUCCCCUUGGUGCAUUUACUAAACUGUCCUCCUCCAUCUACAUCCAUGAGCCUGAGGACAGCAAAAACAACAUCAACAAAUCCAAGAAUGCCCCCACGAUCGUCGUCGCCUUCUGGAUGAACGCUCCCCUGCGCGCUCUAGCCAAAUAUGUGCUCGGAUACCGUCGACUUGCACCGGCCGCACGCAUCAUUUUCAUCCUCAGCUCGUCAAUUGACAUUCUACGCUCUUCCACCCGCGCGCAACAUGCCCGUCUCUCUCCGGCCAUCCACGUCCUGCGCGAUUGGCUCCCCACUUGCGACGCCCCUAUCCAUUUACACAUGUUCUCCAAUGGCGGGUCUUCACCACCUGCCCCGGGCAUCGUGACGGUGUCGUCCGCCGUGCGCGCAUUCUCAUUCAUUUUACCGAGGUUGUGGGUUCUGCGCAUACUCGGCCGGUUUCUCCUCUGGUCGUUCCUGACCUUGGGUGUGGGUAUCCGUUCGAUUCUACGACGACCUGAUGUGAUCACAGUGUGUCGACGGGCUAUGAAUGAUCGGCAACUGGUCUGUGGGACGGACGGGGACGGGGACGGGGAUGGGGACGGGGAUGGGGAUUCCAAUCCCAAUCCCCAUCGCCAUUCAUAUUCUCCCCCUCGAUGCUAUAUCUAUUCCGAUGCUGAUGAGCUGGUCAAUUGGGUGGAUGUGGAGACGCAUGCUGCUGAGGCGGAAUCAAAAGGUUGGAAAGUCCGAAGAGAGAAGUUUUUUGCUUCUUCGCAUGUUUCGCAUAUGAAGAUGGACCCAGAAAGAUACUGGGGCAUUGUGGCGGACUAUCUACCCUGA